GAGGGGGCAGGGCACCGCCUUGGCCAGAGGUUGCUGCUUCUUACCUGUUUUCUGUUGGAACAGAGCCCCUGCCUGUCCCCAUGGCCACGCCCCAGCCCGCCUGUUGAGGGAGCAGCCCUAGUUCCCUGGCCAGAAGUGGGGAGAAAGGGGAUGCAGGUAGGGGCCCUGCAGGACCUGGUGAUGACAGGCUGUCAGGCUCGCUGGAAGUGACCAGGCCUGGGGAGCACGACAUGGCGCAGGUGGACGGGGCCUCCUGCCCUGGGGCUGCCCCCGGCCAGCCCUGCAUCUUCAAGCUGGUUCUCCUGGGCACUGACUCUGUGGGCAAGUCCAGCUUGGCUCUCCGAUACGUGAAGAAUGACUUCAAGAGUAUCCUGCCGACCGUGGGAUGUGCGUUCUUCACCAAGGUGGUGGAUUUGGGCGCUGCGUCUCUGAAGUUUGAGAUCUGGGACACAGCUGGCCAGGAGAAGUACCACAGCGUCUGCCAUCUCUACUUCAGGGGCGCCAGCGCUGCGCUUUUGGUGUAUGAUGUCACCAGGAAGGAUUCGUUCUGCAAAGCGCAGCAGUGGCUGAAGGACCUGGAGGAGGAGUUCCACCCGGGAGAAGUUGUGAUCAUGCUGGUCGGCAACAAGACGGACCUCGGCGAAGAGCGGGAGGUGACGCUGGAGGAAGGGAAGGAGUUUGCAGAGAGCAAGGGGUUGCUGUUCAUGGAAACCUCGGCCAAACUGAACCACCAGGUGACCGAGGUCUUCAGUGCUGUCGCCCGAGAGCUUUUGCAGAGAGAAGAGACGAAGCAAGGCCAGACGCUGCAGGGAGAUGCUCGGCUGGCUCUGAAUGAGAAGCCCUCGAGGCAGGCGGGGUGCUGUGCCCGCUGACGCAGCCGCUCCGGGGGUGGGGGCAUGGGGAGGAAGCCCCCAGCCUGGGCCCCCCGGGCCUCAGGCCAAGCACCGCCAGCUCCAUAUUGAUGGGGGUACUUAUUCCGACUCACUGUCAUCGCUGGCUUGUUCCUGAGUCCUGGAGGCUCCGGAAGCUGGCGUCCCUUAGAGUAACUCCUUCCCACAGCUGGUGGGACUCAUUCAGGAGAGGGUCCAGGGUCACAAGGCUUCGGGGGUGUGGCCCCACCUCCCCAGACACCAGUCACUGACCGAAUCCCAGGUGCACAGGCAGGUGCGUCUGAUCCUGCUGGAUGUGGCCCCUCAGCUGCCGGGCCAUCAGACACUGAGGAAUGAUACGGUCAGAGCGGAGCCAGGGUCAGAAAAAUACUUUGCUCACUGAGGCGGGUGGACGAUCAGCCCGGGGGCUGGAGCCCACCUGCUCCUGGGAGGUGGGGGAGGAGGUGGGAGAGGAAGGAGCAGGCCCAGGGGGAGGUGGCAGUGCCAGGAAGAAGCAGAGUAAUGAUCACAUUGUUACUGGUCUCUGUGACGUCCCCUGGGGAAGAGUGGUGCCAGAUGGAGGGCAGCGGGGGGGGGGGGGGCGCCAGGCCCCUCCCGUCUCUGCUCCCCGCGGAGAAUAUAAAGUGAUGCUAACGCCCCGUGGGUGUGAGGACUCGGACUUUCAGCCCCAGGUGUCAGCUGUACUUCUUAGGGGUUUUUCUCGAAAAAGUAAACUGCUUUCUACUCUG